UUCAAACAAGAAUUGAUAUUGUGUUAUUUUGAAUUGUAUCGUAUCGAAGUGUACAUUUAUAAUAUCGUGACAACCUGAACACACAAGCAGCAUGUUGUGAGCAGAGCAGAAGCUGCGGGACACCAACCAGCAACAAGCAGCUCUUUGAAUGAGCUGUGACAAGGUGUUGUUCUUUCCCCCUCCCUCCCUCUGUCUUCUGUCUUCCGGGAACACUAAUAGGCUCCAUGCAGAGUAAUGUGACCAACUGAAUCAUCCUCGCCGGAGCUGGAGGCUGCAGAGCGGAGACACAGAGAGCCGAGCGCGCUCAGUCCGGCUCCCACACCGAGGAAACUCUCCGGGGUGACGUAUCCUCACUGGACUCCUCUUGGACUAUACAGGGACACUAGCUGCUCUCUUCCAUCCACCAGGACCCCCUUUUCUCCAGCUCCACAGACCUCAGAUCAGCUCUCAGGUCACUGGGCCCCUGGUUAGGCCUGACUGCAGCUCUUGGAUCGUCCUCACCUUGACUCGCUCUGAUCGAGAUCUAUAUACAGCCAUGACCACCAAAUCCACCAGUCUGGUUCUGGGUGGAAAGGCCUCCUCCUCACCUCUCCUGUCCUCUCCGCCCUGUCAGCGCCUCGUCACCAAAGAUGGACACUGUGCCCUCCAGCCUACUCUGUGCCCUUCAGGGUCCUGGCGGGGGGCUUUGAGCAGAGCUUGGCGGCUGGCCCUGCAGGAUCUGUGGGGACUUUUGGUGGGUCUACGAUGGAGGUGGGUCCUUCUGGCUUUCUGUGCGUCCUUUCUGGCACACUGGCUGCUGUUUGCCUGCCUCUGGUACCUGCUGGCCCAUCUGAAUGGAGACUUGGCGGUGCAGGACCAUGAUGCCCCCCCACAGGGGCACGUGGUCUGUGUGAAGCACAUCACCAGCUUCACUGCAGCCUUCUCUUUCUCCCUGGAGACACAGCUGACCAUCGGAUACGGCACCAUGUUCCCCAGUGGAGACUGUCCCAGUGCCAUUGCUCUGCUGGCUGUGCAGAUGCUGCUGGGGCUCAUGCUGGAGGCUUUCAUCACAGGUGCCUUCGUAGCAAAGAUUGCUCGUCCCCAGAAGCGAGCAGGGGCUAUCCAGUUCAGCCCCCAGGCGGUGGUGGGCAAACACCAAGGCCAGACGUGCCUCAUGAUAAGAGCCACCAAUCUGCUGCAGCGACCCCUGGUGGACGUGAAGGUGAGUGCUGUGCUCUAUGAGGAGCAUGAAGGGCAGGCCCUCCACCAGACCUCUCUUGACUUCUACCUGGAUCAUCUGGGCCAACAACCUUGUCCCUUCUUCAUAUUCCCGCUCACCUUUUACCAUCCCCUGGACCGUCGGAGUCCUCUGUAUCCUGCCCUGUGUGAGGGCACGUCCAACCACUUUGAGCUGGUGAUCUUCCUGUCCGCCUUACAGGAGGGAACUGGAGACUCUUGCCAGAAGAGGACCUCCUACCUGCGGCAGGAAAUCCAGUUUGACCGUCGCUUUGUGCCAGCCUUGGGGCUGGAUGCUCGGGGAAGAUACAUAGUGAGCACUCAGCACUUUGAAACGGCCCACUCAAAGGAACCUUUGAGUAAGGACUGUGUGGUGCAGGUUAACGGGGAUGGUAGUGACCGGAUGGAGUAAGGGUGCAGAAGGGCAGCCUAAUAUGGAGGGCAUGGAACAGUGGGGCAGAUAGCUUCAUCAUGAGGUUCUUGAUUUAAUUUGGGAAUUCAUUUAAAAAAAUGCUUAAUUUGAAAUAUACCGGAUAUGGGGGCUGCUUCAGACUCCCUUAUUACCCCUACCCAACCAUUCCUUCUAAAGUAGUAAAAAUGAUAACCCCCUACUGGCUUCCAUACCCCCCCCCCCCCCCCCCCCCCCCCCCAAAUAUCCUGUUGUGUUGAAUUUAAUGUUUUGUAAAUCGAACGAAUAGUUUUAUUACAAGUUUUGUUUUGUCAUGAGCUCUGUUGGUUAAGCUAUCAAAAUAGUAAAGCCUGAUUUAUACUACGCCCUUGAAGCCAUGGACCCUAUGGGAUGAAAUGUAAUUCGCUUUUGCGCUGUUUCUAAUUGCAGCAUCUCUAACUAUUCUUCCUGAUCGAAUCACACUAAAAUCCAAGAUGACUGGGCUUUACAAUACCAUGUAGCUGUUUCCUGUUGUCGGCUUCCAGGUGUAUUGUGUUUGAAUAUUUUCUGCGUUGCAGUCAUUUCUAUAAAAGUAAAUGUAUUUUUUCUAUCUAGCUACUACUCUAACUUGAUUAACUCCGUUUCUCUUUGUUUAAAUUACCUGACAAUGCCUGGAAAACAUAAACACAACGAAUGUGAAAUUCCACCACUAACUAGCUUUUCGUGGGAGUCAUUGCUAAGUGGCACAGACACACAAGCACACCAGUAUAAAUGCUAACAUCGAUGUGAACAAACGGCAUCCUGAAGCAUAAACCACAACUACAAACUCUCUUAGUUUCUUCAGUCCAAUAAAUAAACGACUCCAGCUUAUAAACCAGUGUAUGUAAACAAUCUCUCUUUGUGGGUAUGCAAUGCUUAACUGGCUUCUUAACCAGGUAAUGAGUUAGCAAAGAGUGCAGACUGUUACGCUUUGAUGAAUUGGUUCAUUGCUAACCACAGGCUGUACAAAACAUGGACGAAGUCUCCGUGACAUCAUCCGUCAUUACUGAAAGACAAUUUGAAGUCCAAAGAUGGCGUUCCCCAUAUUGAAAAAGCUGACUUUUGGUCCUCAUUGAAAAGCAAAGAGAAGGCACUGAGGCAGGCCUUAAGCCUCCUGGACAACGCGCUUGCUUGCAGUCAUAUCUGUAAGCCCUCAAUUAUACAAAACUGUUAUCUGUCAUAAAAGCAAAUUUUCUAUAACUCAUCAAAAAUGGAUGACUUUUUAACCCCCACCCACUGUACAGUGUGUGCCGAUAAAGGCAUGAACUAAGUGUAGGGGGUUACCCUACCAAAGAGGGUUUUGGUAGCAAGCUAUAAACAUGCUUAUUUCUGUCGCAUAAAUGAACAUUUAGAA